UCUUCGCGUGGCCGCGCUUUGUUAGAGACUAAGGAACGCGUUCCCUUCGGCUCUGUCUUUCCUGUCUCUAAUGCCCCAACGUGAAGGCGCAGCCACGUGCAUGCAUUAGCUGUUGACGAGCUUGAUUUUCCAGCGUCUUCUUUUUUGUGUUUCAUUGAAACACACGACGGCACCAUGGUGAAGUUAGCAAAGGCAGCAAAUAAACAAGUAAGCCAGAAGAAGAAAGCUCCUCCCCCUCCGAAAGAAGUGGAGGAAGAAUCGAGUGAAGAGGAAAGCAGCGAAGAGGAAGAGGCACCACCUCCAAAAGCGCUGAAGAAAGCGACACCAGCCAAAGCCACCAAGGCUGUUAAAAACGGCAAAACCGCCAAGAAAGCGGAAAGUGAAGAUGAAGACGAGUCAGAAGAGGAAGCCCCUCCCCCAAAGAAAGCUGCUAAAGCCGCACCUGCAGAAGAGUCUGAAGAGGACGAUGAUGAUGAGGACGAAGAUGAUGAUGAGUCUGAAGAGGAACCCCCUCCCCCCAAGAAAGGAGCCAAACCUGCUGCAAAGGCUCCUGCCAAGCAGGUGAAGGGCAAGCCUGCAAAGGAGCCCUCAGAUGAUGAUGAUGAUGAUGACGACGAUGAUGAAGAAGAAUCCGAAGAGGAGGCCCCACCUCCCAAGAAGGCUGCAAAACAAGCGAAGCCAAAGGCCAAGCCGGCUCAGCAGCAGGCGGAGGAGGAUGACUCUGAGGAGGAGAUGGACACCACACCUUCUCCAGCCGCCGCAAAGGCAAAGAAGGCAGGCAUGGUGAAAGCCAAGGAAGAAUCUGAAGAGGAUGAUGAUGAGGAGGAGGAAGAUGAAGAUGAUGAAGACGAGGAAGAUGAUGAGGAUGACGAAGAAUCCCCAGCGACCCCCGCAAAGAGGAAGGCAGAUGGCAAGAAGGAGGCCCCACCUGCCAAGAAAGCCAAGUCGGAUGGAAAUGGUUUCUGUCUUUUUGUUGGCAACCUGAAUUCUGAGAAGAGCUUUGACGACCUCAAAGCGUCAAUGAGGAAAUUCUUCUCCAAGAACGGCCUUGAAAUUGCUGAUGUCCGGUUAGGUGGCUCCAGGAAAUUUGGCUACGUGGAGUUUGAAUCUGAGGAGGACAUGCAGAAAGCGCUGGAGCUCAACGGUAAAAAGUUCAUGGGCCAGGAGAUCAAGUUGGACAAAGCCAGAAACAAGGAGAAUGCACAAGAAGAAAGGAAAGAACGGGAUGCACGGACACUUUUUGUCAAAAACAUUCCCUUUUCUGUCAAGGCGGAUGACCUGAGGGAGCUCUUUGAAGAUGCGGUGGAUAUCAGGAUGCCGCAGGGCCAGAACAACAUGAGCAGAGGCAUUGCCUACAUCGAGUUCAAAACAGAGGCUGAGGCAGAGAAGAUGCUAGAAGAGACACAGGGUUCUGAUCUGCAUGGGAGGUCCAUUAUUGUAGACUUUGUAGGAGAGAAGAGCCGCCAGGGCGCCAAGGGGCCAGCGAUGGCAGCAUCAGCGGGGGGAGCCAGUAAAACGUUGGUGGUGAAUAAUCUGGCCUUCAGCGCCACAGAGGAGACCCUGCAGUCCGUGUUUGACAAGGCUGUUUCCAUCAGAGUGCCGCUGAGAGAUGGCAGACCCAAAGGCUUUGCGUUUGUAGAGUUUGAGAGCGUAGAAGACUCCAAGGAAGCCAUGGACAGCAUGAACAACACAGAGAUUGAAGGCCGCACAAUCCGACUGGAGUUCAGCCAGAGCAGAGACAACCGGGCAGAAGGAGGCAGGGGGAACUCGGGUCCAACAAAGACACUGUUUGUCAAAGGUCUCUCAGAGGACACGACUGAUGAAAUGCUCAAGGAUGCCUUUGAUGGGGCGGUGGGCGCUAGAAUUGUCACAGACCGAGACACGGGGUCUUCCAAAGGUUUCGGCUUCGUGGACUUUGACAAUGAAGAUGAUUGCAAGGCAGCCAAGGAAGCUAUGGAGGACGGCGAGGUCCAUGGCAGCAAGGUGACGCUCGACUACGCCAAACCCAAGGGUGAGGGCGGAUUCCGUGGAGGCCGCGGAGGUGGAUUUGGCGGAGGCGGUUUUGGUGGCCGUGGCGGCGGAUUCGGCAGAGGAGGUCGCGGCGGCUUCGGGGGACGUGGCGGCGGCUUUGGCGGCAGAGGUAGAGGAGGCCCUCGUGGAGGCGGUCGUGGACGUGGCGGCUUUGGAGGUGGACGAGGCGGCGGAGGAUUCGGAGCCAAGCCGCAAGGGAAGAAAAUCAAAUUUGAUGACUAAAUCCUUUCUUUUACUUUUUCAGUGGACUCUGGUUUCAUGAUUUUUCAGAGCUUUUGGACAUUCCAGAAAGCGUCAUUGGUAUAUUUAACUGUAAUUGGGCAUUUUAGCCCUUAUAUUAGAUCCCGCAAACAUGACCCACCCCCUGUGCCAAAAUGGCAUGUUUUGACCUUUCAGCUGGUGAGUAAUGUCCGGAAUGCUAUCUGGCACCCCUCCUCAUGCUUACGUUGUCUUUCUGAGGGGUGAAAUGUUAUGGGUCUGGCAAAACCAGUUUGCUGUGAAAACUGAGCUCUCCUUUUUUUGUUUUGUUUUUGUUGUUCUUUGGUCUCCCAGAUGCAUACAUGUGUAAAUUAAAAGCGCUGUGUGAUUCCAUUUUACCAUUUGUAAAAUACACUUGUACCCACUUGUUACGCUUUCAUCUGUUUUGCCUUUAGUCUUGCUGUAACGUGUAAAGCGUAUGUUCAUGGAGGAUUUCUUUUGGGACAUGAUCUGUUCAAGGUGGAAGGCGAGAGCACCUGAUCUGUAACAUUUGUAGUGUUAACGCAUUUCCCCUUAGAGUCUAAUUGUCUCCUUGAAUAAACCGUAAAGGUGGUGAUUUUUAAACGAA